AUGUUCAGGGACAGGACGAAUCUGUACAAGUCGUACCGGCGUACUUAUCCGCGGUCGAACGAGCUGACCAGUGCGUCGGACCCGUUUUUGGAUGCUGGGGCGGAUGACGUGGAUGCGGAGCUGGAGGAUAUUGAGUUGGGUAGUUAUGCUGGGGAGUCCGGGUCUGCUGGUGACUCUGCGGCAGUGUAUGCCCGGAAUUCGCUUCCCCCACUGUUUGUGGAUAUCGCUGGGGACAUUGAUGGGUAUUUGCACGAGGUGAACGACAGCACGGAGCAAUUGAUGAAGUUGUACCGGAAGAAUGCGCUGCCCGGGUUUGAGGAUAAGACACACGACGAGAGGUUGAUUGAGGACCUCAGUUUUAAAGCGCUGCAGCUGUUCCAGAAAUGUCACAACAUUAUCAAGAAGUUGGAGCGGAUCUACGAAACACAGUACUUGGAGGGCCGACACCUUAAUAGGGCAGAGCUGAUUAUUUUGCAGAAUAUGACGAAGAGGUACGCGCAGAAAAUCCAGUGGGAGAGCAACAAGUUUAGGGUCUUGCAGAACAAUUACCUGAAGUUCCUGAACAAAGACGAUUUGAAGCCCAUCUUCCCGAAGGGGAACGAAGACUCGGCAAGGUUACUUCUCGAGGAGGAGGAGCGAGUGGGUGCAUCUGCGAUGCAAGAUGACAUCGAGGAGUAUUCAAAGCAGACGUUGCAGAAACAGGUCCACAAGGCUCAAAGCAGCGACCAGCAGUUUCUGGAGGAGCGCGAUGAGGAGAUCGCACAGUUGGCUCGCGGUGUCUUCGAAGUAAGCACAAUUUUUAGAGAAAUGCAGGACCUGAUUAUCAACCAGGGCACAAUCGUGGACCGUAUUGACUACAACCUGGAGAAUACGGCAAUCAGUCUGCGGGAGGCCGAUAAACAACUCAAUAGCGCGACACACUACCAGAAGAGAACGCAGAAAUGUAAAAUAAUACUGUUAUUGGCCCUUUGCGUGGUCGCUUUGUUCUGUUUUGUGAUGUUGAAACCACAUUCGAAAACAAGUGUGGAAUAUAGAACCGCGCCGACUGAUCCGAAGCCCGUAGCUGAGUACGGCGGAGACUCCGGUACGGGCCAGGGCAACAAAAAUAAUGGCAAUACCAAUAACAAUCAGAAUCAAAAUAAUCACAACAAUCAGAAUCAGAAUAACCACAACAAUCAGAAUAAUCACAACGACGGCAACAUUGAAGUAAGCGAUGGGGAUGUCCGGGAAAUCAUAGUGGCAGAGGCGCACGAAAUAACGAAGAGGAAGUUGAUAAUACAAAACUAUUUGAUAUAA